AAACAGAAGUUUUCUCCCUCGGAGGAGGUGUCUGUGCUCCCUCUCCGCGUUCAGGCUUCUGUUCGGGUGGAUCCACCACACAUUACCCCUCCACCCCCACUCUCUCAAGAUGUCUCCGUCCACGUCCCCCCGAUUUUUCACCGAGAGGGAGGUGGCCCGCCACUGCACCCCGGACUCCUGCUGGGUGCUGCUGGGGACCAGGGUGUACGACGUGAGCGCCUUCCUGCGGAUGCACCCUGGCGGGGAGGCGCUGAUACGAAGCCGCGCCGGCAAGGACCUGAGUGGGGAGCUGGAGGGACCCCCCCACCGGCACUCGGAGAACGCCCGGCGGUGGAUGGAGCAGUACUACAUCGGGGAGCUGGACAGGGACAGCUGCACCGAGGUGCAGACUCUGAGGGAAAGGAAGAAAGUCGGUGAACAGAUGAAUGGAAAGACUGCAGAGAAAACGACAGAAAAGCAGGUGGACGAAGACGACGAAAUGUCCCCGUACAACCGCUGCAGUCCUGUGGACCUGGACAAGGAUUUGGUGGACUGGAGGAAGCCCCUGGCAUGGCAGGUGGGUCACCUGAGGGAGAAAUACGACGCGUGGGUCCAUCAGCCAGUCGAUAAACCCAUCAGACUGUUCGGUAACCCUUUCCUGGAGGCAGCGACCAAAACUUACUGGUACUGGGUACUGGUAGUUUGGGUCCCAGUCGUGUUCUACCUCAGCUGGUACUGCUACACCACGUUGGCACAGGGCAGCACAAGAAUAACCAUCACUUCAGACUUCUCCGUUCCCGUCCAUAAGUCCAUGUUCCCCGUGUUGUUCUUGAUGGGCUGGUUCUUGUGGUCCUUCCUGGAGUACUGCAUCCAUCGCUUUGUUUUCCACAUGAAACCGCCAGCUCACAACUACUACCUGAUCACGCUACACUUCCUGCUUCACGGGCAGCACCACAAGUCUCCGUUUGACGGCUCUCGGCUCGUCUUCCCUCCUGGUCUGGCCUCCAUAGUGGUGGGGCUGUUUUAUAUCAUCCUCCACAGCGUGCUUCCUCAUAUCCUCGGGGUUUCCGUGUUUGUCGGAGGGCUGUGUGGAUAUGUUGUGUACGACAUGAUCCACUACUACCUUCAUUACGGCUCACCGAAGAGAGGGACGUAUCUGUACGGUCUGAAGGCGUACCACGUCAAACACCACUUCGAGCACCAGAGAUCAGGUUUUGGAAUCACCACCACGUUCUGGGAUCACCCCUUCAACACAGUAAUCCCCGAUGAGAAAUUUUAACGUAUAAACGGCUCUCCUGAAGGGCCACAGGACUUGUCCGCCACCCUCGUCAUAAACCCGCCCGGCUUCUUUAGCUCAUCCUCUGCAGUCGAUUGUUCCACCUUCACUGCAACACAAUAACUGCACGUUGUUCCCUUCAGCUCCGUCGUACGAGUGCGUGUGAACCGUCCUGCACUUUCAGUGCCAUUGCUUAAAAAAAAUUAAAUAAAAAAAAAUCACCAAACUGAUGCUCGGCAGCCAAAUCCUCACCUGAUCGCCGUGCACACAACUGGGAGGUGGGGUCACUCGUUCACGCAUGUGCACGUUUUGUUUAGUUUGUUUCAAAGAAAGCAUUCAGGUGCUCAACAGGAAUAACAUUUAACAAAUUAAUGCAGAUGUUUGAAUAUCUCACCUUUAGAGAGGGAAAAGGAAGUGACAGAUGGUGUGUGAACGUUGACAAAAGUGUGUGCGUACACCCAAACUAUCAACUCAGGAAAUGACUUCACCCCUCCUUCUUACUUUCUGUUUUAGUCACUUUCACAGCUAUGAACAGAAAACAUUUGGUUUCAGAUCAUUGGAUCGCACCGAGCCUCGUUUUACAGCCCAGAUUUAAUUUAUUGGUGAUAAACAACCGCUGCAGAUGUGAAAUGUACUGCAGCGACAAACAAGGGCUCCAAAUGUUUGAAACCAAAGUGCACAUAUUCUUUUGCAUAUCUGUUCUGUAUUUUUCUCUCUUUGAUUCAAGAAUGUAAAAAAAAAAUAAUAAGUUUUUUAAAUUCCUUUGUGUAAAGAGAGACUUCAGCUGCACGAGCUUUGUGUUGUCAGUGAGAGGGAUGAUGGGAUACUUUACCAAGUGGAUUUAGAGAGAGCUGUCUUUGUGGUGAUGGAGGGAUGGAGUUGAAGGCUUGAAGCCAGUCAGUCGGACUUCCUGCUGUGGGGAUCUUGGGGUCAAAGGUCACAGGAGGAAGCCCCGUCAGAGCUGCAGACUGUAGGUGAAAGUGCUCAUUGCAAAGUUGUGAAGACUGAUCAAAAAAAGGUUCAUACCAUAAGAAACAAAAUCAGCACAAUGAAGUCUGCCAAACACCACGUGUUUGUUUACCUACAACACAACCCAAGUGACUAUAAUAAAUAAACGUUGCCGUCCAUAGCAGAGCUGUUUAGGAUGGACAAGUCUGACAGUUGUAAUGUUUUGGUACACGUUUACGCUCAGAUCUGUUGAGUAACGUCUGCAGAUAAAAAGCUCUAGAAGCUCGAGCCCCGAUAUUUAUUCAAGUUUUCUCACUCAAACUUUUUUGAUUUUCUUUGGCGUUCGGCAGCAGACUCGCUCUUCUAUUUCCAACAAAGCGUCUUCUCUACGAUUCUACGCUUCUCUGAUUUUGCCAGAUUUAUUCGACAGCUAUUGUCAGUAGUGAUGUGCGGAGCUGUACAAAUAUUGAUAAAAUCAAUACGAGUUUCUACUGUUCCUGAAGUGCAAUGAAAAAGGAAAAUGUUUAAUUUUGAACAAAAACUAAAGUAUGUACAUUCAAAAACAUUUAUUCUCCACUUUGUGCCAAUUUAAUUUCUGCAAAGUCAGUAGUGAUGCAGAUUUAUUUAUUUUUUAACUUACUGGGAAACUUUGCCUAAGACCCAUUCUGGGUUUUAAAAUUCAAACGUCUAAUUAUUAGUGAAAAGCAAUAGAAUAAAAUGAUAAUGGAAAUAAAACGUGACACUCCGCUCUCCAUGUGGGAAACUCGGCUGCCCCUUUAAACGUAUUGGAUUGAUAUUGGUGAUACUGGGUCUGUGUUUACUUGAUUUCGGAUCAGUACCAAAUUUAGCGGUAUCGCCCAGCUGUAUUGUCGGUCGUUCACAUGAUUGAAACAUCUGCACGGUUUUCAGUGCUUUGUUUACAUUGAGUGCAUACCCACAUUUCAACACAGCUGGAAAACAACUGGAGUAAACUCUUUCAAAUGGCGCCAUUUGAUACAGUUCAGGAUAACAUUUUGUUUUUACAGAUUUGCAAUGAGUGACUUUAAAACCUUCAGUCUUUAAACCUUAAAAUCAAAAGGGGCACAAUAAGGAUUUCAGAAAUAAAAAUAUUUAAGGAGCGAAGCUGGAGCCAAAAGUGGUUUACCACCAACUGGCUGCUUUUUGCUUCAGGUCUGAGUUACCUUUGGUCCAGACUCCAAACUAGUCCCGCCUUUGGGUUCUGCUCCAUCCACCUGGGUCAUUUGGCCCCGCAGAUCCCUGCAGAGGAUGAUGAUCCAUGAACUGACUCUACGGCAGGACGUCUCGGCACCAGCUGGCGGAUCUUCAGCACAUCUCCUUCAGAUACCCGAUCGGAGGGCUGAUGACUCGAGCAGAACAAACUUUUUUUACGUAUCUGUUGCACACAAAAAAAGUAAAAUAAAAAUACAUCUACUGAAGAACUUUACCUCCUAUAACUGUUUCACGCUUUAAUAAAGAUGCCUGCUUAUUUUCUUCUAUAAGAAGAGCAUUUAUUUCAGAUAUUAACCCAGAAAGCAAUAUCACAACUUUUAUCACUUUUUUUCUACGAGUUCACUGCGGUGAUAAGAAUGUUUAAAUGUAAUGAGGGCUGCGCUACAGAAACUGGAGUAAAACCAGUGGGUUUUCAGGGGUGAGUUGGAACUGAUCCAGAACCAAAAUGUGUCAUUUAAAAAAACUAUUUAAGGUACCGGCUGUGGAGAACCCCCGUACGGUCAAGUUAUAAGCAUUAAACCACACAAAGAUGUUUUGUUUAAUUAAUGACCAAACUAAUGAGCAAGUAAUAAUUUGAUUGUGCUGUCGGCUUGGCAAAGUGAAAUACUUCAACAUGGUGGAAUAAAAUAUAAUAAAACAUGCAUCUUAUUUAUGUAUAAUUA